AUGUUCACUGGGGAGCAGAGAAUGUCCGCCAAGGAAGGGAAUGCGAGCGUUGUGGCCAUAAUCAUAGAGACAGGCAUGAUAGGUCAGAGCAUGUGCUUCAAUAUUGUCCAGUAUGCCCACUGUUAUACCACGUUAGACCUAAUAUGCAUGCCUUUUUGUGAUAUUGAUAUUGUCCUUGGUUUGAACUGGUUAUCCUCCCAAAAUAUUCUCCUUGACUGUAAAAGCAAAACACUGAUCCUUCCUACCCGGGAGUUAACCCCUACAGCAGAAGUGAAAUUGAACAUGAUUUUAGCAGCUCGAGCAGAUAAAUGGUUGAGACAGGGUUGCCAAGGUUAUAUGGUAUUCUUCUUAGUGAAAGCAGAGACGGAAGAAGGGAUUUUGAAUAUCCUGGUAGUCUGGGAAUUUCUUGAGGUAUUUUCGACGGAGAUUAGCAGAUUACCUCUUAAAAGGGAAAUUGAAUUUGCUAUUGACCUGGUGCCUGGAACAAACGCAAUUUCAAAGGCUCUGUAUUGGAUGGCUCUGAAUGAGAUGGUAGAACUAAAAAACCAACUAACGAAGCUAUUGGAGAAAGGGUUCAUACACCCCAGUGUUUGUCCGUAG